AUGCGGCGGGCGGCAAUUCUCCGUCCUGCCAUUGGCGUCUUUUGUGGGAAUAAUCCUGCGCUCUGGGGCGCGACGUUGCCGCUGAGCGCCUCCCGUCGUCUCCUCACUGGUGCCGCGCCGUACGGCAGUGUCCCAGCCGACAUUGAAGAGUCCCGCCACGCGCAGAAGCCACACGAGGAGGACGUCGUGCGUGGCAUGACACGACAGACGGCGACGGGUGCGGGAGGCGGUCGAGCGGCCAGCGAUGCGUGCGGCGAUGGCGGGGAGGAGCCCGCGGCGGCGGCGGCGGCGGGGUACAACCCGUGGGAGGUGCUCGGGGUGAAGCCGGGGGUCCCCAGCCAGACGCUGCGGCUGCGCUACCACGAGUUGAUGCGGGAGGUCCAUCCGGAGUUGGACCCGAAGGGGGUUGGCAACAUACCGCGGCUGUACCAAAUUAACAAGGCCUACGAGAUCAUCACAAAAAGCCCAACGCUGGACCGCCGCUACCGCAACCUUGUCAGUGACACGCAGUACUUUUACUACAAGUUCCUCCCGGAGUGGAUGGCACGCAACGUGGACGAGAUGCCACGGUAUUGGAGUUGGGUCAAGUGGCGUACCCCGGGAGCGUUCCAAGUGUUUCUCUGGUGCUGCGGCUGCUACAUGAUUGGCCGCUUUUACGCCGCUUUCCCACUGCUAACAACGGUGUUUUUGAUGUCCGUUGCCUUUGACAUCCUCUUUCACACAAUGACAGCCCCGGCGACGUGUUCCAUGUUGUUUCUCUACGCCAUCAUGACAUCGCAGAGCCACGACAUGGCGUGGCUGACAAGCCCCAAGUCUUUUUUGCGCCGUGAGCUUGGCUACUAA